CUACGAGAUCAUUAACAAAACUUUUGUGCAAUUAACCACAACCCAAAGCAGGGUUCUUGCACCGUUAAAAUACAAGCUUUAGCAAAUAGAAGGCCGAAGGAUAUCUUUUACUGUGUUCAAGUGUGAAUAAAAUUGUGAAAAAAAUGAAAAUUGAAAUCGCAUUACUUCUCAUCGUCUGCACCGCGUCUGCUGUGUUUGCCGCGCCACAAGCGCAGGGUGAACCAAUAGCCAUUAUUAGUCAGGAGUCGAAUAUUGAACCGGAUGGUUCAUAUAAUUAUAACUAUGAAACCGCUAAUGGCAUUAAAGGCGAGGAGACUGGUACGCUUAAGAAGGCCACCUCACCAGAUACCAGCGAUGUGAUUAUUGCGCGCGGCUCUGUCAGUUACACCUCACCCGAAGGUAAUCUAAUUACGCUCAACUAUGCUGCAGAUGAUGAGAAUGGCUUCCAGCCACAAGGCGAACAUCUGCCCACACCACCACCAAUCCCACCAGCAAUCCAAAAGGCACUCGACUAUUUGCUUAGCUUGCCCCCAGCGAAGCGUCGUUAAGCUUUUAAUAGCUUAAACACUUAAUGGUGGAUGAAUGCGAAGAAAGACAAGUUCAUUUUUUUUCGCGACACAUGCACAGAAGUAAUGUGACAACGCAACAAAACAAUUGUAUAAAUAUAUUUUUCUAAACUCUUUAAGAGUUUAAUUCCCUGCCAUGAGAAGCCCUCAAAGAUUGCUGUACUGUACAAUAAACCUUUUAUGUAACUAAAACAUAUGGACGAAUGUGGACACGCAUACAAAUUAUCAAACACAAGCACACACAUACAUAUAGACACACAUGUGAAAAGGAAAUUUUGCUAGCAUCAGUGAGUUGAAGCAUUUGUAGUGAGGUGAAGUGCAAAUGUAUGUAAGAAAAGAUAUAAAAGAAGCAAAAGGUAAAACUACUAAGUACACUGACUGAAUGAACCGUUAAAUAUAAUAAACAAAAAUUUAUAAUAAUACAAUUAAAAAUUAAUAAUAUGAAAUAAUAUUAUACUAGUGUUCAACUGGCAUUUGCUCACUACCCCUAGCAAAUGUAUAUAUAACUUUCACUCUACAACUUCUGCUUCAAUAUUUACUCGGUGCACCACAUCUUCAACCCUUUAACUCUACCUACAAUGAUACUCAGCACUUCACUGCACUAUAGUACUAAAGCAAAGAAAAACGAACAACAUAUCACUAGCAUCCGCUACAUUUUCAUAACUAAAAUAUUGUUCUUCUCAUUCUUUGGAGUCCUAUGCACUUUCAUAUCGAAAUCAACUUUAUAUAACCAGCACUCUUAUCCACAUUUGAAAGUUUCUUCUCCUGUUAUCACUGUCAAUUUUCUUAUUUCUUGUUUCUUAUUUCACUUUUUGUAAUAUUUUUGUAGUCGCCGGAACUUUAUCGCUUCGGACCCUUGUGAUAUCGUUGCUUUUUUAAUGAAGAAAAACUGUAAUCUAUGUUUUGUAAAAAAAACUUAAAAUAUUUAAAUAUUUUAUGCAUGAAAAAUAAAAAAGUCUAAAAGAUGUUGUUGUAUCAUAUGUAAAAAUUAUA